ACAUCGCUAUUCGUUCGUUCUGUCACGAGCCUCGUCCGUGAACACCGACCUGGCGCGGCAGGCACGAAACCGACGACCUCGAACCGAAUUCUAGACUACAUAUUUGUGUUUUUCCAGCUAAAUAUAAGAUUGUUCGCCGAAAAAAACGUUAGGUUUGACCGUCUCCGACCGCGCUGGUCAUUCCGGGUGAUGUAUUCUAACGUUUGAUAGCGCUAGCCUGCCAGCUAGCUGGUCCGCUAGCUCGCCGUGCCGUGACUCACAGCGAGCAGAAAGGAGAUCAAAUAUUUUAUUUUUUAAUCGCUUUCCUCCCUCUCCCGGUGGCUGUUUAUGUUGUGUAGGACAUCCACUCAUCUACAGUGUGUUAUAGGAAAACGACCCGCUGUAAAUUUGGUUUUACACACCAAGUGACUCAGUCCUGUCGUCGUUUGGGCCAGUAGUUAAAUUUUGGACUGUUGGGUUUGAAUGAAUUUAAACGGCGGCGGUCGGAGCGCAGCGGGUUUCUCGCUUAUGAAUUGACAGAUACAUAUUUUGAAUAAAGAAGCACACAGGCAGAAAGAGAGAUAGGUUGUAGACACUUUGACUUUCAGGUCUGGUUAUUUCAGCUUUCACACAACUGUGUUAGCAGCUAUCGUUAGCUAGGUGGCUAACUCUCUAGCACAUUAAACAUCCAUCAAAAGCGCCAGAGUACGGGUUAGUUAACGUUAGCUUUAGCUAGCUUCUCGGCUAACAUAGCUCUAGCUAGUUAGGUAGCUCAGUGGUGCUGUGCUACGAAACGAGCGUAUUUUGUGGAAAGCGAGGUGAGCUAAACCGUCGUAGGUCGACAAAAAGUGGUUUAUUUUUCGUGUAAGGUGAGAAGAAACAACAAAAUCCUGCAAAGAUGCCGGCUGUGUCGAAAGGAGACGGAAUGCGAGGAUUAGCGGUCUUCAUAUCGGACAUAAGAAACUGCAAGAGCAAGGAGGCUGAAAUCAAGCGCAUCAAUAAGGAGUUGGCCAACAUCCGCUCUAAGUUUAAGGGGGACAAGGCUCUGGAUGGAUACAGUAAGAAGAAAUAUGUGUGCAAACUGCUCUUCAUCUUCCUCCUGGGCCAUGACAUCGACUUCGGCCACAUGGAGGCAGUCAACCUGCUCAGCUCCAACAAGUACACUGAGAAACAAAUUGGAUAUUUGUUCAUCUCAGUGCUGGUGAACAGCAACAGUGAGCUGAUCAGGCUGAUCAAUAACGCCAUAAAGAAUGACCUGUCCAGCAGGAACCCCACCUUCAUGUGUCUGGCCUUGCACUGCAUCGCCAAUGUGGGCAGCAGGGAGAUGGCAGAGGCCUUCGCUGGGGAGAUCCCUCGCAUCUUGGUGGCAGGGGACACGAUGGACAGUGUGAAACAGUCUGCUGCUCUUUGUCUGCUCCGUCUCUACAAGACAUCUCCGGAUCUGGUGCUGAUGGGAGAAUGGACUUCCAGAGUGGUGCACCUGCUGAAUGAUCAGCACAUGGGAGUCGUCACUGCUGCCAUUUCCCUUAUCACCUGCCUCAGCCAGAAGAACCCAGAUGAGUUCAAAACCUGUGUGUCCCUCGCAGUGUCUCGCCUCAGCAGGAUUGUGUCAUCAGCCUCCACUGACCUGCAAGACUACACCUAUUACUUUGUCCCCGCCCCAUGGCUCUCCUGCAAGCUGCUCCGUCUACUGCAGUGCUAUCCUCCACCCGAGGAUGGUGCAGUCAAGGGUCGACUGGUGGAGUGUCUAGAGACGAUUCUUAACAAAGCCCAAGAACCACCCAAAUCCAAGAAGGUCCAACAUUCAAAUGCUAAAAACGCCAUUCUGUUUGAAGCUAUUGCCCUGAUCAUUCAUUAUGACAGUGAACCCAAUCUCCUGGUGCGGGCUUGCAACCAACUGGGCCAGUUCCUGCAGCACAGAGAGACCAACCUGCGCUAUCUGGCUCUGGAGAGUAUGUGUACUCUUGCCAGUUCAGAGUUCUCUCACGAGGCCGUCAAAACGCACAUUGAGACGGUUAUCAAUGCCCUUAAGACUGAGAGGGACGUCAGUGUCCGCCAGAGAGCCGCUGACCUGCUCUACGCCAUGUGUGACCGCAGUAACGCAAAACAGAUUGUUGCCGAGAUGCUGAGUUACCUGGAGACAGCUGACUACUCCAUCAGAGAGGAGAUGGUGUUGAAGGUGGCCAUCCUGGCAGAGAAGUAUGCAGUGGAUUACUCUUGGUAUGUGGACACCAUUCUGAACCUGAUCCGCAUCGCUGGAGAUUACGUCAGUGAGGAAGUGUGGUACCGUGUCAUCCAGAUCGUCAUUAACCGAGACGAUGUCCAGGGAUACGCAGCCAAGACCGUCUUUGAGGCCCUGCAGGCUCCAGCUUGUCAUGAGAACAUGGUGAAGGUUGGCGGGUACAUCUUGGGAGAGUUUGGUAACCUUAUUGCUGGUGAUCCUCGAUCCAGUCCACUGGUUCAGUUUAACCUCCUGCACUCCAAGUUCCACCUGUGUUCAGUGCCCACGCGUGCUCUGCUGCUGUCUGCCUAUAUAAAGUUCAUUAAUCUGUUCCCGGAAACCAAAACCACCAUCCAGGAGGUUCUGCGCUGCGACAGUCAGAUCAGAAACAGUGAUGUAGAGCUCCAGCAGAGAGCUGUGGAGUACCUCAAGCUGUCGUCGAUCGCCAGCACGGAUGUACUGGCUACAGUGCUGGAGGAGAUGCCUCCAUUCCCUGAGAGGGAGUCCUCCAUCCUGGCCAAGCUGAAGAAGAAGAAGGGCCCUGGUGCCGUCUCCAACGAACUGGAAGAGGGAAAGAGAGAGGGAGGAGAGCUGAACGGAGCAGGAGAACGACCUGGGGAUAGCUCUGCCAUAGGAGCUUCAAACGCUUCCACUCCCUCUCCAUCAGCUGACCUCCUCGGCCUUCGCUCAGCUGCUCCUGUCAGCGCUGCUCCUCCCAGUGCAGGCAGCCUAUUGGUUGACGUCUUCUCAGAGGCGGGCCCUGCCGCUCCGGCCGCUAGUGUAAAUGACGACGGCUUCCUGAGAGAUCUGGAACCUCCCACUGAAAGCUCUGACUCCUUAUUGGCCGAGGGUUCUGGUGACUCGGACUCUGCUCCUCCCUCUGUGGUGUCUGAAGAUCCUGCUCCUCCUCUGCCUGAGUCAGACGAACUGCUUAACAAGUUUGUGUGUAAGAAUAAUGGAGUUUUGUUUGAGAAUCAGCUUCUUCAGAUUGGAAUCAAGUCUGAGUAUCGCCAGAACCUUGGACGGAUGUAUCUUUUCUACGGCAAUAAGACGUCAGUGCAAUUUGUCAGCUUCACUACAACAGUCAGCUGCCCAGGAGAACUUCAGUCUCAGCUGAAUGUUCAGUUGAAGCCUGUAGACCCUCUGGUGGAGGGGGGUGCUCAGGUGCAGCAGGUCAUCAACAUCGAGUGCAUCACUGACUUUUCUGAGGCACCGAUUCUCAACAUCAAAUUCAGGUAUGGCGGGGCUCUGCAGAACCUUUCACUUAAGCUACCUGUGACCAUCAACAAGUUCUUCCAGCCCACCGAGAUGGCUUCUAACGACUUCUUUCAGCGCUGGAAACAGCUUAGCCAGCCUCAGCAAGAAGCACAAAAAAUUUUCAAGGCAAACCAUGCCAUGGACACAGAGGUGAUCAAAGCUAAGUUGCUAGGAUUAGGCACAGCCCUACUGGACAAAGUGGAUCCGAACCCAGAGAACUUUGUGUGUGCUGGAGUGAUCCAAACCAAGUCCCAGCAAGUAGGCUGUCUACUGAGACUUGAGCCCAACGCACAAGCCCAGAUGUACCGGUUGACUCUGCGCAGCAGUAAGGACACCGUCUCCAAGCGUCUCUGUGAUCUGCUGGCAGAACAGUUCUAGACCCAGCUUCUAGAACCCCGCCGCGUCUAGACCAUCACCUUCUAGAACCGAGAAGAACCACGACCAGACCAGCGUUCCACCUUCCAGAACCCUGAACAAAGAAUCUCCAAAAGCAUUCGUACAUAAGGGAAAAAAAUAGCAGCUGCCAGCCUUAAAGGCAGCAAUAUUACUGUCCUAAUUCUGAUCAUUCUGAUUAUUAUUGUAUAUUGUCAUCAGCGCUACCGUUCUUGUUUUUAUAGGUGUUUACCUGUGUGUGAGCAGUGGAACGAAAGGCAGCGUGUUUGCCUGCGAAGUGUGCGUGUACGUGAGUGUGUGAGUGAACGAGUGCCUAAGUGCGUCCGAGUGAGCGCGAGAGCAUCGAGAGAAUUGUAAUAGUUUGAUUCUUUUUCCUUUUUGUUUCCGUCCUGCCUGUUAACCAGUCCACCUGUGCUCGUGUUGACAGCUGGUGUGUGUCGUGGGUCAAGGAAGGAGUGAAGAAGAAAGAGGGAGGGAUGGAGAGAAUAAGAUCUUGAGAGCUUUUUUCUCCUUUCCUCCCUCUCUCUCUUUCUCUUCCUCCUCUUUUUUUUCUUCUUUGUCUGUGUGUUCUGCAACAUUUCAACCUGUUAGCAUUCCUGGGACAUACUUGGGAGAAUAUUAAAAAAAAAAAAAAAAAAACACACAUGCACACACUCGUGUCUCGCAUGUGUCCCAUUGGGCACAUGAGCCGAUUCUGUGGAACAUUCCAUGUGGGCUAGUUAGAGAGGGGUCUUGAAGGACCGGCUCCUGGGCUGGACAAAAUAAAAAUAUAUAUAUAUAUAUACCAAUUACAAAACAGAAACACUGCAAUCAGAAUACACUAAUAAUGGCACUUCAUCAAGAAGAAUCACUACACCCGUUUCCCUCGCCUCCAUACUUUCCCCUUCCCCUUUUUUAUUUUUUAAAGCUGUCUUCUCCAGCACUCUGUGCUCACAAAGCAUAUGUGCAUAUGAAGUGAGGGGGAGUAUUUCCUCAAGUUUUGCUGUUCCCUUCCCACAUUCCUUGGAAGCGAGUGCUGGCCAGUGCACUUUAAGAGGCCUGGAGAGAAAAGUAGGUCCCCUUUUGUAGGUGCCCUCCUCUUUCCCCCCAUUCACAGUGUAGUUACUCUGAAGUUGAAAUACUUACCAUGAUUCCGUACCUGAUUACAACAAUGUUUAUGAAUAAAAAAAAUUAUAUAUAUAAAUAUAUAUAGACAUUAUGUACAAAAAAAAAAAGAUUGUCGGUCAUUGUUGAGUUUCUGUGUUUGUCUCUUUCGUUUGUUUGUUUUGAUAGUGGCAUUGACGUUGACGUGUUUGUAUGCUUUCUGAAAAGUGUCUUUUUGCAUUUACGUUUUUUUGGACAUUCCAUUCGGUGUUAAUAUAUUAAAGUACAUGGGCAUUGAGGUUUCAGGCAGGUUUAAAGUGUUCAGCUAGGUGGUAAGGAAAGGAAAAAAAGAGGAGGGAGAUGUCUUGUAUGAUGGAUGAGCGAGUAUAAAAAUGCAGUGAAGUUUAUAUUUACUUUUUUCGUUUUAGAAACCUGAGCAGAAAGCAAAUCUAUGGAAUGCUGGAAGUGUUUGAGUGUCCUCCAGCCAGUGGUGGCAAAUCCAGGUUUAGAAAAUUAAAAUCCCACCCAGGAUUUCGUUCCAGCUGCCUGUGUAGUUCUGCUUCAGUUUUGCUCUCAGAUUCAGGUCAGUAAGGUAAGAAUCCUCCCCAGGAUUUUGUUUUAGGUCCAGAAAGUAAAAUUCAGGUCCAUACGCUCAAAAAAAAUCCAGAAAGUGAAGUCCAGGUCCAGAAAGUCAAUGUUCUCCCUGGGAUAAUAUUCCAGCUGGCUGGGCUGCUCUACUUUGCUGCCUAGGGAUUUGUUCCAGCUUCCUCUGCUCUGCUGUCCUGGGAUAUUGUUCUAGAUGCGUUAAGUCAAAGUCAAAGUCUUGAGGAUUUGGUUCUAGGCCCAGCAAGGAAAAUACAGGUUCAGAAAGUCAGUAUCCUUUCCAGAAUUUGGUUCCAGCUGCCUGGACAGCUCUGCUUUGCUGCCCUGAUAUAUUGUUUUGGAUCUAGAAAGUAAAAUCCAGGUCCAGAAAUCCAGGUUCUUCCUGCUGCCUGGAGUACUUAGCAGUUGAAGGAAAAAACUGGGGAGUAUUUUUUGACUUUCUGGACCUGGAUUUACCACAUUGGCCUCCAGCAGAGUAUCUGACUGAAAAAAGUAGUGGACAGUAGGUACCUCAUACCUGCUGGUUCCAGCACACACACACACACGCACACAAAAUAGGUGUGGCUGUCGUCUAGUGAGCUAGACCUACAUGUUCUUGCAACAGCACUUAUCUGUGUGAACACUAGUGAAUGCAAUUACUGGACGCUUUACACGAGAGAGAGAGAGAGAGAGAGAGAGAGAGACAGACUAAGCAGAGGACUACCAACUGUCAAUCACAAACACAGGGAUAAUGUCAGCAUUGUAAAGUGAGCGAAUAUGAGUGUGUGUGUGUACGUGUGUGUAUGUUAAAAUAUGUAAUGGAAGUCUUUGGGACAUUGUCACAUUAGCUGAAUGAAGAGUCACUAUGCUUCCCCUAGUGCAGCGCGGAUGUGAUGCAUUGAUGGGACUUUGUCAUGGUAGUUGAGUUUAAACUUGUCAUGGUAUGUUUGUGUGUGUGUGUGUAAGAGGGAGGGAGGGAGUGAGUGAGUGGGUGUGUGUGUGUAUGAGUUUAUGUGCGUGUGUGUGUGUGUCUAUGCAGUAUCCGCUAGCUAAUGCAGCCCCAGUGUAUCGGUGUUCAACCUGUCAGAUACCUGUGUUAGAUUAAAUUUACUCUGUACUGAAUAAUGUGAAAGUAAAACUAUGCCAUAUACUCCA